AUGCUCAGGGACCUGCUGUGCCUCGCAUGCGGCAACCCCGGCGUCUACGCGGUGGCCUCGCAGCAGCUGUCGCUUGAGGCGGCGGCCGCGGAGGGUGGCGGCUCGGGGACCGCUGAGCAGCCACCCCUGGGGUCGGCGUCCACGGCGGAGCCUGGCGCUGAGCUGCGACAGCCGCGCGUGGGGCCCGGAGGCUUCACGCGCCAUGUGGCGGCGGGCGGGGUUGGCGGCGGCGGCGGCGCGGAGCGCGGCAGGUUUGCGAGCGGCGCGGGGCCGCCCGCGGCGCUCGAGCGCAGCUGGUCAGAUUCCGGGGAGUCUCUGAGCCUCAACUGCUAUGAGGGUGGCAAGAGGCGCGCGCAGCAGCAGCAACAGCGGCAGCAACAGCAGCAGCAGCAACAGCAGGAGCAGCCGCUGCUGCAUCAACACGGGGAACGGGAACAGGCGCAACAGCAGCAGCAACAGCAGCAACAGCAGCAACAGCAGGGCGCGGGCGACGCCGCAGACCCAGCCGCGGCGGCGGCCGAGGCGGCGGGCUCGCCCUCCAGCUGGGGGCUCACAAGCCCGACAAUGCGCAAGCACUCUGGAGGGUCGAGCAGCCGCAAGCACUCGUCGGGCGCGUCGGGCGCCGCGCUGAUGGUGGCGACGGCGGCGGCAAACAGGGCCGGCGGCGCGCGCCGCGCGCUGCCCGGCCUUGCGCGGGGCGGCGUCGAGGCACUGGCGCGCGGGGCAGGGGAGGGGGACGCCGGCGCGGGGGCGCUCGAGGGGUGGCAGCACUGGCAGCGCGCGCAGCAGCAGGAGGGGCAGCUUCCCCCGCCGCCGGUCGGGCUGCUGCUUGGGUCGCCCUCAGAGCCCGGGGAGGGGUCGCAGCGGCGGCCGGGCCAGGAGCAGGAUCAGGAGCGGCGGCAGCAGCAGCAGCAGCAGCAGCAGCAGCAGCAGCAGCAGCAGCAGCAGCAACAGCGGCUUGUUGUGGCCCGCAGCAGCGAGGACGCCGGCGGGAGCGUCCCGCCCAAGGGCGGCCCCGGCGGCAUCACCAAGCUGCUUCGGGGGAACUUCCUGUUUGCAGGCAACCCAAACCCAGCGGCGGAAGCCCACAGCGAGGACGCACAAUCUGCAGCCAUUACGCGCGGCCUGGGAUCGUCGCUGCAGCUGGCGACAAGCGGCGAGGCAGAUGCGGCCGAGCAUCUGCUUGCAGACGAGCGGCAUCUGCUUGCAGACGAGCAGCAUCUGCUUGCAGAUGAGCAGCAGCUGCUGGACGGGGCCGGCGGCGCAGACCAGGCGCCGCCGCCGCCGCCGCAGCAGCAGCAGCAGCGGCAGCAGCAGCAGUGUGGCGACGGGGAGCGCCCGCACCGGCUGGCAGCCGCGGCGCCCGCGCUGCAGGACGGGGCGCCGGCGGAGCCACCGCCGCUACCACAGCAGCAGCAGCAGCAGCAGCAGCAGCAAUUGAAGCAGCACUUGGCCUGGGCCUCGCCCGAUUUCACCGACCUCCAGAGGCAGGCCUUGAAGGAGGCCUGGAUGUCGCCCCCGGGCCUGCAGCAGCUGCUGCAGGCCUACGACCCCUCGCCCCCGCACACCGGCCUGCUGGGCGGCGACCACCACCACCACAACCACCCCUUGCUCGCGCUCGGCGGCCUCGGCUCGCCGGGCGCGGGCUCGGCCGGCAGCGCGGCGGCCGCGACGGCGCCGGCGCCGGUCGGCGUGGGCAGGGUGCUGGGCGGCUGCGGCAGCCCGCGAGGGUCAGGGUUCUGCAUCGGCAGCCUGCGCGGCUUGUCGGCGGGGUCGCCGCUGCUGCAGCUGCAGCUGCAGGCAGCUCUGGCUACGCCCGGCGGGGCGCCGCUGUCCGCCGGCCGCGGGGACUUCGGGCUCCGCUGGCUGUCACCGGCGCUGGCGAGUGCGGCGAGGGCCAGCGGCGGGCGCGGCGCGGGGGCCGGGAGGGCGGAGGAGGGCGGCUCGGCGGGGGCCAUCCGUGAGGGCGGCUGGCGGGCGGCGGCUGCUGGGCAGAGGGGGCAAGCAGGGACGGCUUUCAGCCCGAUCGCGGCCGGUGGGGCGAUCGCGGCGCGGAUGCAGGCGGGCGGCGCGGGCAGCGCCGACGGCCCGCCAAGCAUCGCCGCCCCCUCCCCUACCUUCGCGGCUGCAGCCGCCCUGGGCGGCCCCGGCGCCCCACAGCCCGCCAAGCGGCGGCGCUCCAGCGGCACGGGUGAAGGCGAGCGCCACGGCGCGGCGGCUGCUUCGCCGCAGCCGCGCGCUGCGCCGCAGCUGCACGCACCGCGCAUCGCUCGCCUGGGUCCGGGAUCCGUCGGCCGCCGCCCCGAGCGCGGCGGCUGGCGGCGACAGCAGCAGCAGUUGGACGGGCACCAGCUGUGA